UUCCUUUUUACACAGCUCAGUAGUAUCCGUCAAGGGCUAAUUCCAGGUUGUAGCAAAUGGGUAUCCCAGAAAACUGCGAAAGUGGAGAACUUUGGAAAGAGUCAGCUGAAUCCGAAAAUGGGAGCACUUCCACUGUGUCUGUGAGCCCAAGUUUGCAUCUUCAGUUGUUUGGGGUAUUACAUUGGAUUGUUUCUCUGGGGCUUAUUCUGGCAAUGGAUAUUCUUUUGAAGAAAGGCUUCACAGCCGCUUCGAUUGAGUUCCCAAGUGCCUUGUUUGGCAUGUUCUGUAUAUUCACCGUUUUGAUUAUUCUUGAUUUUGCUGUGCCCUCUGUAGCUGUGGCCUUGAUGAAUUUUUUUGAACCUGGGCUUAUGUUCAUUCAGAGAUGGCUACCCUUGUUCUAUGUUCCUUAUUUGGUUGUGCUACCCCUUUCUCUUAAAGAUAUUCCCCCUCCUUCUGCCAUCAAAAUUUUCCUUAUUAUAGUUGGAGGAUGGCUGGCUACACUAUGUGUUGCUGGUUUCACAGCUAUAGGUAUAAGGAAAGCUGUGAAGACAGAAUUGAUAGAGGCUGAGCCUAUGGAAAAGCCCUCUCCAUUUUCUUCCAUUGAAGUUUGGGCAUGGACUGGGGUUCUCCUUAUAUCAUUUGUUGCUUCAUUAUUCCACCCAACUGCACUGGGGACAAGUGCCAGAACAUGCCUUCCAUUCUUGCUUGCCUCCACAGUGUUAGGCUACAUGGUUGGUUCUGGAUUGCCAUCAAAUGUGAAGAUGGUCGUCCAUCCAAUAAUUUUCUGUACUGCAUCUGCAGAACUAACAGCAGUUGCUUUUGGCUAUCUUUCCCACUCAGGGCUUGAUCCUGUUCUAGAAUAUUACAUUACAAAAUCAUCUUCUAAUCCUGGAGCUGGUGACAUUCUAAUGGGAUUUUUGGGAUCUGUAAUUCUCUCGUUUGCCUUCUCAAUGUUCAAACAAAGAAAGCUUGUAAAAAGGCAUGCAGCUGAGAUUUUCACCUCUGUCAUCGUCUCUACAGUAUUCUCGUUGUACUCAACUGCCCUUGUUGGACGUCUAGUUGCAUUAGAACCAUCUUUAACUGUGUCCAUUCUACCCAGAUGUAUAACAGUGGCAUUGGCUCUCAGCAUUGUGUCUUUUUUUGAAGCUGCCGAUCCAUCUCUCACCGCAGCUGCAGUUGUAGUAACUGGUCUGGUUGGAGCAAAUUUUGUGCAAUUUACACUUGAUAAACUCCGUUUUCGUGAUCCAAUUGCUCGGGGAAUAGCAACUGCGUCUAGUGCUCACGGGCUUGGAACAGCAGCUUUAUCUGCCAAGGAACCUGAGGCUCUCCCUUUUUGUGCCAUUGCUUAUGCUCUGAAUGGUAUAUUUGGUUCUCUACUUUGCUCAAUUCCAGCAGUCAGACAAAGUUUGCUUGCAAUAGUUGGCUGAAACUCUGGUCACCAGGAUCUUCCUUUAACUCCUAUGCAGUAUCAGAAUAUUCCUUUUAGUGCCAUAACUUCCAUUGCAUAUCUAAUGGCUGCACUAGUGUAUAUAGAGCAAUAUUAAGAACCUAUGAGUUAGUAGCACCAUUUCGUACGUUGUAUAGGAACUUGUUCUUCCGAAUUGGUCACUUCUAUCGGAAAAAUCGAUGAACCGAUCAAGUCACUGGUGAACAUUUA